AGAAAUAAACACCGGGCAUCGGUUUAAACACUCCACGCGACCACCAGCUACCCUCAGCACGACUCCGAGGACAUUUCUAGAAUCAUGGAAGACCAUUUUAACGAUCCGGGUAAAAACCAACCCUGUACGGAGUAGGAAAACACGAUUUUAAUCCAUUUUUAUUCAGGAUGUAGUAUCUUCUCAAAGGGGCAAGAUGACGCAAUUUCCCCCUGUGUGAACGAGUGAUGCUAGCCUAGAAAUGGAUUGAAUGUCAUGUUUUUGAUCUUCUAUUUGGACUACUUUUUACCCGGCUCGUUAUAAUAGUCUCCGGUGGAUCUUAAAGUGUUUUCAGAGUCGGGCUGAGUGGUGCAGAUGUCCUUCUGGACGGUGAAAUGUUCGGGUUGUGUUUAUUUUCCUGAUUCGUCAGCGUGAUUCUACCACAGGCGUUGGGGCUUGAGCUGUAAUGAUUGACACGGCGCAGAGCCAAUUGGGAUCGCAUUUGUUUGUGUUCGACCAAUCGCCGCAUCUCGAUUCGGCUCGGAGGGGGGGGCUCGGAUGGGAGAGUGCGCCGCCAUACAUGUUCCCGGUGUGCGGACGGAGCGGAGCGUUUCCUGCACUGGUGCAUGGUGGUCGAACAGGAGGAAUUGUUGGAAAUUUCUCGGAGCAGCUGAAGCAUGCUCUUGGCCCAGAUAAACCGGGACUCCCAGGGAAUGGCAGAGUUUCACGAUGCAGACGGUCAGCCAGUCACGCUCUGUCUGACCGAGGCCGUGACUGUGGCAGACGGCGAUCAGAUGGACAGCAUGGACACGGUGAGUCUGCAGGCCGUCACUCUGGCCGACGGCUCCACGGCGUACAUCCAACACGACUCCAAAGCGGCGUUUUCAGACGGGCAGAUCAUGGACGGACAGGUGAUCCAGCUGGAGGACGGAUCCGCCGCCUAUGUCCAACAUGUGUCAAUGCCCAAAGCAGGAGGAGACAGUUUACAGCUGGAGGAUGGACAGGCUGUCCAGCUGGAGGACGGGACGACGGCGUACAUCCACACACCCAAAGAUUCGUACGACCAGUCCGGCCUCCAGGAGGUGCAGCUGGAGGACGGUAGCACUGCCUACAUCCAGCACACGGUGCACAUGCCCCAGUCCAACACCAUCCUGGCCAUCCAGGCCGACGGAACCAUCGCAGACCUGCAGGCUGAGGCUGCCGCCAUCGACCCCGAGACCAUCAGCGUCCUGGAGCAGUACACCACCAAGGUGGAGAACAUCGAAAACCCCCUGGGUUCAUUCGGCAGAGUCGAAGCAGACAACGGCGUCCACAUGCGGAUUGUGUUACAGGGUCAGGACAACAGACAGGGACGGGUGUCCAACGUGGGGGAGAAGUCCUUUCGUUGUGAAUACGAGGGCUGUGGAAAACUUUACACCACCGCCCACCACCUCAAGGUACAUGAACGCUCCCACACUGGAGACAAACCAUACAUCUGUGAUUAUCCUGGAUGUGGAAAGAAGUUCGCAACAGGGUAUGGACUGAAGAGUCACUCGCGGACACACACAGGGGAGAAGCCGUACAGAUGUCAGGAGUUAAACUGCUGCAAGUCCUUCAAAACCUCCGGAGACCUUCAGAAACACACUCGCACACACACAGGUGAGAAGCCGUUCAAGUGUCCGGUUGAAGGCUGCGGGCGGUCGUUCACGACGUCCAACAUCCGUAAAGUCCACAUCCGGACCCACACCGGCGAGCGGCCUUACUACUGCUCCGAGCCCAGCUGUGGACGCUCCUUCGCCUCCGCCACCAACUACAAGAACCACAUGAGGAUACAUACGGGAGAGAAGCCCUACGUGUGCACGGUUCCGGGCUGUGAGAAGCGUUUCACCGAGUACUCCAGCCUGUACAAACACCACGUGGUGCACACGCCGUGUAAACCCUACAACUGCAACCACUGUGGGAAAACGUACAAGCAGAUCUCCACCCUGGCCAUGCACAAACGCACCGCACACAACGACACCGAGCCCAUCGAGGAGGAGCAGGAGGCAUACUUUGAACCCCCCACAGACGCCAUCGACGACCCUAACGUCAGCUACACAGCGGCGGUGAUCGAUGCCGAAGACUCUGGGUCGGAACAGCUUCCUGUCGAGAGCGCGGACAUGGUCGCUCAGCAACACGUCGCCUUGGUAACGCAGGAAGAUGGAACACAACAGCAGGUCAGUAUCUCCGAAGCAGACCUGCAGGCGAUGGGUGGAACUAUCACCAUGGUAACACAGGAGGGCACAACUAUAACCAUCCCAGCUCACGAACUCGCCACGCAAGGGACGCACUCGGUUACCAUGGUAACGGCGGACGGCUCCGAUGAGCAGGUGGCCAUCAUGACCCCCGACAUGGCCUCGUUCCAGACGGUGGAGGAGGGGGGGUUCAGCCAAGACCAGGACGACAUCCACCCUGUCACCCUACUGGCCACGUCCAACGGCACGCACAUCGCCGUCCAGCUCAGUGAUCAGCCUUCGUUAGAGGAAGCCAUCAGGAUAGCAUCGAGGAUACAACAGGGAGAGUCGCCGGGUCUGGACGAUUGACGGACGCAGAACCCGGACGCCGGCGCCGCUCCACCCCAGUCUUCCUCCAUGGUCAUUUUCCACCAAUGAACUCAGCUUUUACGUGUACAUAGUAUUUUGAUAACUGGACUUCUGCUUGAUGCUCUUUGUUCCUCCUCGUUCCAGACGAUGAAGGGGAAGCGCUUUCUAAUGUUAAUGGUGCACAGUGCACAGAGCAGUGUACAGCUAAUGCUAUUUCUAAUAAAAAAAGACAAAAUGUGUGAUUAACUGAUG